GCCUCGGUGACAGGGCGGACCGCGCUGACCGCCGCCGCGGAGCGCGCAGCCCGAGCGCCUGGGGAAGGCGGAGAUGGAGACCCGAACGCCUCCUGCGAGGACCUGCUGAGCUCUCUUCCGCCUCCGGAGUCCAGCUUACACUUGCUUUGACAAAGACAAAUUUGAAAGCAAUUACUUGAGGACAGUUUGGAUAACAUCUGAAUAAUCAAAACAGGCACAAUGAAGCACUUCCUAAGAAUGUUGAUCCAGGUGUGCCUGUAUUUUUACUGUAAAUUUUUGUGGCGCUGCCUGAAAUUUGUAAUGAGGAAGUUGACUGGAAAAUGUGAACUGCAACGGAUCUGUUACAAUACCAAGCCUGGAGCUUCUAGAACCAUGAAAAUUGAAACAUCACUAAGGGAUUCAAAAAGUAAGCUGUUGCAGACUUCAGUGAGUGUUCACCCUGAUGCUAUUGAAAAAACUAUAGAAGACAUCAUGGAACUGAAAAAAAUUAACCCCGACAUAAAUCCACAGUUGGGAAUCUCUCUUCAGGCUUGCCUUCUGCAAAUUGUUGGGUACAGAAAUCUUAUUGCAGAUGUGGAAAAACUGCGCAGAGAACCCUAUGACUCUGAUAAUCCCCAACAUGAGGAAAUGCUUUUGAAGUUAUGGAAAUUCUUGAAGCCCAAUACUCCACUGGAAUCUCGGAUUUCUAAGCAAUGGUGUGAAAUUGGUUUCCAAGGUGACGAUCCUAAAACAGAUUUUCGAGGAAUGGGUCUUCUGGGACUGUACAAUUUGCAGUAUUUUGCGGAAAGGGAUGCUACAGCAGCUCAGCAGGUCCUCUGUGACUCUCUUCAUCCAAAAUGCAGGGAUAUCACUAAAGAGGAAAUAAGUUUGGAUAUGAGUCUUUUAAGCAAAUUCAGCAAAGCAGAAUGGGAGAAGAAAAGGAUGGAUAAAGCAAUUGGGUACUCAUUUGCAAUUGUGGGCAUCAAUAUAACUGACCUGGCAUAUAAUCUACUGGUGAGCGGAGCUCUAAAAACUCAUUUCUACAACAUUGCCCCAGAAGCUCCAACAUUGUCUCACUUCCAGCAAACAUUCUGCUAUUUGAUGCAUGAGUUUCAUAAGUUUUGGAUUGAAGAGGACCCCAUGGACAUAAUGGAAUUUAACCGUGUGAGGGAGAAAUUCCGCAAGAGGAUCAUAAAGCAGCUGCAGAACCCAGAAAUGGCGUUGUGCCCCCACUUUGCUGCCUCGGAAGGUUUAGUCAACAUGUAGUCGCCUACACUGAUUUUAAUGGAUACCGUGGAACACUGCCUCAUUGUCGUGUUAGACUCCGCUUAGGUCCCAGCUCACACACUGAAUGCACACAGUGGUUGUAUGCAUGCCUUUUGGUACAGUAUUUUCAUCUCUUGGUCAUUAUUACCUGAUCCCCAGAUACCACUAUUUCUGGAGUAUCUGUCAUCCAGUGACUGCUCAUAUUGUGGCAUUACUCAGUGUUACAUCCUGCCUUGACACCCAGGUGUGGAGAGAGUUUUCUAUUUUUUUAGAUUGUUUUCCUCUCUCUCUCAUAACUCAGCAUUGAUGAAUUGUAUUUCUCUAGCUGUAUUUUGUAUGUAAGAGAUUUAGCUAAAUAUUGUUCUGUGGAAGCCUUUUAAUUUAUUGAUAUUUCAUGACUAUUGCUGCUAGUUUUCCGAGCCAGGUUCAUGCUUGGGCCUCAUUCCAAUAAAGUACAAGACUUUAGAAUAAUAAAGACAGACAGACACAUGAUAAGCCAAACCAUUCCUGCAAACAUAGCUGCGCUUUACAAAAAUGUAACAAGGCUUACAAGAAGCAAAUUGAGGUAGGUGCUGUUUUUGUUUGAAGUACUGCAGAAUUAUAUUGUAACUCACCCACGGUUACAAUUCUGUCAAUGUCAUCCAGAUAACGAAUUACUUUAUUUCCAUAAUUUCAUGGACUUGGAUGCCUAUAUAUGUUUAUGAUGUUUAGAGCCUCAGAAAGGAAGUAUGCACACUUCAAUAGCUAUAAAAGGUUUUUCACUGCCUGCCUCUUGCAGAACUCAGAGUUCUACCCUGGCACUGUUCUGAUCCAAGCAUCUUUGCUUGGGGAACUGAAUGCUGACUGGUUUGUUUUCUCUGUGAAGAGGCAAUAUUAAAAAACAAUUUGCAAGAAAAUGUGUUGCAAGAGAGGAACCUAAGCUAUGUUAUUUUGCAAUAUUUCUUGAAAAUAACAACCUUAUAUCAAUAGAACAAAUAAACUGCUUGGAAAGGGAAGAAGAACAAAUCAGUCCAAAACUGCUAAAAAAUCAUUUUAAAAACCAUAAAUUAGUUUGGAAUUAUGAUUGUAGUCUGUUGAAUAGAAUAUACCAUGGCAUUUCAUACCCAUGGUAUUUUAUACCUUCGAUCAAUUUUAGUAUUAUUAAGCAUUUGUGUAAUCACUUGCUUAUUUAAAUGAAUUUUGAGUACUGCCUGUCAGUUGUAUGAAUAAAUUACAUGUCAUUCUACUGUAACGUAUAGUGGAUUUCAUUUUAAUAUUUUUGUGCUCGUACAGUUUCUGAAUAUGCAAAUACGUGAGUGGGUAGAAUGUCAAAGACAGACAACCUGGAGCUGAAUAUAAAUCACGCCAUCGUUCAGAGUAACCAGGAAUAAAUUAAAGUGUGUCAUGUCUGAGAAGCUUCUUUAUUUAACUGAUCUUGAGGCCUGGUGGUGCUUUAAUGAAUGAAUAAGAUCCACCUUCAUCUUUGUAACUUCCUAUAAAGCCUGGUUUAUCUACUGCUAGACAACUGAUACAGGAGACAUUAAGCCGCCUGUUGUUUCCUUGUCCAUUCUAGUUCCUUUGGGA